AUGCCUCUGUACGACUGUAUGCUUCUGUUCAAGCCGAUAAUCCGAAAGGAAGGUCUGAUCGAUCUCGUUGCGCGCAUCGGGAAACACGUUUACAGCAAAAAUGGCGUCCUCACGGAGGUCAAAUCCUUCGGCAAGGUCGAAUUGGGUUACGGUAUCAGGAAGCUCGACGGAAGACAUUAUCAGGGACAAUUGAUGCAGAUAACAAUGAUGGCAACACCAAACAUAAACAAGGAGCUUCACUACCUCAACAAGGAAGACAAACUCCUGCGCUGGCUUCUAGUUAAACACCGUGACAUCAAGAUUGGCUCAUCUGAAAUGGAAGAUCGUCAGGACGAGUCUAGCAGAGUUAAUAAUAGGAACUUAUAUGAUGAAUCCUCAACGGACGAAGAAGACGGUAACAUCUUAGGCUUAAGGCGAUGAGGAGAAUGAGAAAUCAUGUACUCUGAAAUGUUGUUAUUCGGACCAGAGCGUCCAUCUUCGUCUUAUGGUUAUUGACACGUCAUCUUUGCAUGGGCAGGGAUGUGUCUCUGUUUUUAGAACUUGAUUUUUCAUUUUUUUUAUUUUACUUAUUAAAAAUAGAGAUCAUCGUUGGUGAUAAACUUGACAAAACAUUUGUUGUUCUAUUUUUUUUCCUUGGUCGCUCCAUCUUCUUCGUCCAUCGGUUUUCUCAAUUAGGGUUUCUGAUCUUUCCUCUCAUUGUUGUUUCUCUCCUUGUUCCGUUUUGUAUCUCAGGUUGGCUAUUUUUUCAGACCAGAACAAAAGCUUCAUCCCCUCUUAGGUAGAUUCGAGGCUCAGAAUCAUAUAACUCAAUUUUUUUUUGUUUGCGAUACAAAACCUUUUCAUGAUAUGAUUUGUAUGCAUGAACGUGAAUGGCACAUAUAUAGCUCUCUCUCGAUUUUCGCAUGUGG